GUGGCCGCUCGGUACAUGGACAUCAAGGGGAAAAAGGGGCCUGUGGGGAUGCCCAAAGAGGCAACCUGUGACCGCUUCAUGUGCCUCCAGCAAGGCUCAGAGUGUGAUAUCUGGGAUGGGCAGCCCGUCUGCAAGUGCAAGGAUAGGUGUGAGAAGGAGCCGAGCUUCACCUGUGCUUCUGAUGGGCUCACUUACUACAACAAGUGCUACAUGGAUGCAGAGGCCUGCAUCAAAGGCAUUACACUGAAUGUGGUCACCUGUAGGUACCAUCUCACCUGGCCAAACACCAGCCCUAUCCCCCCAGAAACAACAGCUCGUCCUACCACUGUCUACUCCGAGACAACAGUCAUUGAUAUCCUGCCACCUGCACUGGUGAACAACCCCGUCCAUCAGUCCGUCUAUGUGGGUGAGACCGUCAGCUUCCUCUGUGAUGUCACAGGGAGACCCAAGCCAGAAAUCACAUGGGAGAAGCAGGUUGAUGGGAAGGACAAAGUCAUCAUGAAGCCAAACCACGUCAGAGGGAACGUCGUGGUCACCAACAUCGCCCAGCUGGUCAUCUACAACACGCAGCUGCAGGAUGCAGGAAUCUACACCUGCACUGCCCAGAACAGUGGUGGCCUCCUCCGGGCAGAUUUCCCUUUGUCAGUCAUCAGAGGAGAGCCCACAUCCAAGGAAGCUUCCCAGAACAAAACACAUUUUCCAACUGAUGAGUGCCUAAAGCAGCCGGACAGUGAAGACUGUGGGGAAGAGCAGACCAGGUGGUACUAUGAUGCCAAGAAAAACAACUGCUUUACUUUCAUCUAUGGGAACUGCAACAGCAACCUCAACCACUUUGAGACCUAUGAGAGUUGCAUGCUAAUGUGCAUGAAUGGCCCCAUCAACAUCUGCAACCUGCCAGCCCUUCAAGGCCACUGCAAAGCCUAUGAGCCCCGGUGGGCCUACAACAGCUUGACAAAGCAGUGCCAGUCCUUCAUCUAUGGUGGGUGUGGAGGCAAUGAGAACAACUUUGAGAGCCGGGAGGCCUGCGAGGAGAUGUGCCCCUUCCCAAAGAACAUGCACUGCAAGGCCUGCAAACCCCGCCAGAAGCUGGUGACCAGCUUCUGCAAAAGCGACUUUGUCAUCCUGGGCCGCAUCACGGAGCUGACUGAAGACCAAGACUCAGGACACGCCCUAGUGACAGUGGAGGAGAUUCUCAAGGAUGAAAAAAUGGGAUUAAAAUUCCUGGGGAAGGAACCACUAGAAAUCACCCUUUUGAACAUGGACUGGAGCUGCCCAUGUCCCAACAUGACCACAGUGGAUGGCCAGCUCAUCAUCAUGGGGGAUGUCCACAAUGGCAUGGCUGUCCUACAGCCAGACAGCUUUGUGGGCACCUCCAGCAUGCGGCGCGUGCGCAAGCUCCGCGAAGUCAUCCACAAGAAAACCUGUGAGCUUUUGAAAGAAUUCCUGGGAUUGCAUUAACCUCCCUCACACGUGUAAGCCGCCCUGAUCCGUGUGUUAGUAGGGCUAACAAGUGUUAGGCUAGUGCCAAACUAAACACACUGUUUGCAGAUACACUGUAGAAAUUAUGCAGAACCCCUAUUUUAAUCCAUUAAUUAUGCUUAGUAACAACAUAGUUUGGUCUUUGGCAGGCAUGUAAACCAGCAGCAAAAGGCCAUUAAUCUUGCAUUAAAAUCAAUUUGUCCAUAUAGGAGUGCCAUUUGACUAGGUGACUCACUUCAGCAAUUAUACAAUUUUAAUCUAGCUUCCAUCAUAAAUUACAGAAUUCAUAGCAUUCGUUUUGCUAGCUGGUACACAGCUAAGAAAUAUACAAUGUCAAUUUAAUCUGUCUCAUUUUCAGUCUGGUCCGUCAUUGUAAUCACACGCUUGGCUCCUUAUAGCAGCACUAAUAUUUCAAGAGUAAAGCCUGUAAAUUAUUGUCUAUAUUUACAAUUGUGCACA